UUGAACGUUUGGCUGAUGGUGCGUCAAACGAUGAUUUGUUAAUGUUGAGAAUCAAUAUUUAUAAAAUAUAUAGGUUACGUCGGACUUGUGUCCCGGCCACGGGGCGUUGCUCCCGAGUUUCUAGGCGACAGGGGCGGACGUCCCGGCAUCCCUGCCCAUCGCCGCAGCACCAACACAAUAAUACCCUUUCAAAUUGACGGUUCUAGAGGGAUAAGCGGGCGCCAGCGCCGCGGAGCCUGCCGAUAGAGCUCCCGGGGUCAGCGCGCGACCAAAAGGCCGGGCGGGGGAAUCAGUGCUUCUGAUAGGCUCCAAUUCAAGGACGAUUGUUGGCGAUUGUUCUCGCCGUUGUGGCUGCUUGGCUUUCAGUGAGCCUUGUUUGCACAUGUCACAUAGCCUGUUUAUUUUGUCUACACGAUUCCCCCGUCUCGAGAGAGGGAGAGAAAGAGAAAGAGAGAGAGAGAGAGAAAUGGGUUGGCAGGAAGUUUAGUUUGUAGUUUAUUGAGUAAGGAAGGCGUGUAGUUCGGAGGUCGACUUGGAACGGUUUCUCGAGUCCACCGAGCGAGCGCGGCUUGUGUAAACUGUGGAGAGGUUGGUGAGGGGUCCUCGGGUCACAUCUUCUCUAAUGGGGUUCUCCUCGCGAUGUCGUCUGAGGAAUGGUGCGGCUCGCGCUGCCAACCAAGGACCCCAAGGUUCUGGCGCGCCUGCCCGAUGAGUGAAGGGGCCUUCAGUCUGUUUGAGGCGGGAUCCUCUGCAAGGGAAGAGACACCUACUCUCUGCACGUGAUAUCCCCGUGUACGGUGUGAAGGGGGGUUAUAUCUAGUGAUAGGCCAACAAAUCAUCACUUCGCCUUGGACGCACGUAAAACUGUGAUACACACGGGAGUUUGCGUUAUCUGGAUGGCGGCACGGCAGGUGGGGGAGGCGGUGUGCGUGGCGGCGCUGGUGCUACUGCUGGCCGGGGGAGGGGUCCGCCUGGCGGCAGCGGACGGAAGCAGCGCGUCCUGGCGGGAGGAGGAGGGGGGUCCCCCCGAGGAGGACCUGGAGCUGCUGGCGUUCCGCGGACUGCGGUCCGGGGAGGACGGGGGCGUUCCCGACAGCGGGUUCCUGCCGACCCUGCCGGUGUUCAGUGGAUUUACCGCCGCCAAGUCCCGGGAACCUACUGGUGGUACUUCUUAUUUCGACGACUCGUCCGAGGCCCAGGAAGGGUCUUCAGACGAGGACGAAAGCGACGAGGAGGAGUUCGACGCGCUCUCCGUGAUCCGCGGCGUCCGGAAACACGCCGAGCUGCAACCCGACACAGCCGACGAGUUCGUCGAUGACGACGACGACGACCGCAGGUCGCACCGGAAGCCCCGGCGGCGGUCUCGGAAGGCGGGCGGCAGGAAGCCCCGGCACAGCGCCUCCUACAUCCCGGACCCUGACAAGGAACUGCCCAACGAGAGCGACCAGCAGAUCGACGAGCGCGAGAUCCUGAAGUCGAGCCGGCGCGCGCUGGUCGUCACCGAGAGGAAGUACCUGAAACAGGACUGGUGCAAGACGCAGCCGCUCCGACAGACCGUCCGCGCCAAGGGCUGCCUCUCCCGGACCGUCAUCAACCGCUUCUGCUACGGACAGUGCAACUCCUUCUACAUCCCCAAACACGUGCGGAAGGACGCCGAGUCGUUCCAGUCGUGCGCGUUCUGCAAGCCGCACAGGUACAGCAUGAUCACCGUCACGUUACGCUGCCCCAACCUCACGCCAAACUUCAAACGGAAAAGAAUACAGAGAGUCAAGAAGUGCAAGUGCAUGUCCGUCAUACUGGAAUAACUUGUCGUUGUUGUGAAACAAAAACUGACUUUUUAUUAUUUGUCGCAGCUGUACGUGGCAAAGAUAAGUUAACACUCGGGUCCAUCUCCCAUGUUGGGAAAGGAAACCUCAGAGAACCUUAUUUAUUCAUCCUUACCGAAGGUCCACUGACGCGAGACGUGAGAGACUACAGCACGUUGUGUGCGGGGGAAGCGCUUUGGAUUUACAACCAUUGGAAUAUAAACCGUUCCACCGGGAUGUAAACCCUAUCAGAACGUGUGGAAACUAUCUGGCUUCCCUACGGACAGGAAAACCGGACCUUCUCAUUUCAACAACCUGCGUGCGUUCGCCCCAGGGCCAGGGGAGCCCUCGUAUCCCCAUCCCCACCCCCCUCGGGGGGUAAGUACGCGGACACUUCGGACGUACGGGGGCCAGUGCACGCGGUAAGACUGCAUAUAUGAUAAUGACUUGUACAGAUGAUAUAUAUAAAAAAACUCUCCCUUCUCACCGCAAAAUGACUUGAUGUAAAUA